GCUGCGCCUGCGUUGUGGGCGUUCUCGGGGAGCAGCUACCACCGCCGCUGCCGCAGCCGCCGUUAACGCCGCGUUCGGGUGUAGAAUUUGGGAGUCCCUGCGCUUCGUUAACAAUGAAGCAGAGUUCGAAUGUGCCGGCUUUCCUUAGCAAGCUGUGGACGCUGGUGGAGGAAACCCACACCAACGAAUUCAUCACCUGGAGCCAGAAUGGCCAAAGUUUUUUGGUUUUGGAUGAGCAAAGAUUUGCAAAAGAAAUUCUUCCCAAAUACUUCAAGCACAAUAACAUGGCAAGUUUUGUGAGGCAACUGAAUAUGUAUGGUUUCCGUAAAGUAGUCCAUAUUGACUCUGGAAUUGUAAAGCAGGAACGAGAUGGUCCUGUUGAAUUUCAGCAUCCUUAUUUCAAACAAGGCCAGGAUGACUUAUUGGAGAACAUUAAAAGGAAGGUUUCAUCUUCAAAACCAGAAGAAAAUAAAAUACGUCAGGAAGAUUUAACAAAAAUUAUAAGUAGUGCUCAGAAAGUUCAAAUAAAACAAGAGACUAUUGAGUCCAGGCUUUCUGAAUUAAAAAGUGAGAAUGAGUCCCUUUGGAAGGAAGUGUCAGAAUUACGAGCAAAACAUGCACAACAACAACAAGUUAUUCGAAAGAUUGUCCAGUUUAUUGUUACAUUGGUUCAGAAUAACCAGCUUGUAAGUUUAAAGCGUAAAAGGCCUCUACUUCUGAACACGAAUGGAGCCCAAAAGAAGAACCUGUUUCAGCACAUAGUCAAAGAACCAGCUGAUAAUCACCAUCAUAAAGUUCCACACAGUAGGACUGAAGGUUUAAAGCCAAGGGAGAGGAUUUCAGAUGAUAUCAUUAUUUAUGAUGUUACUGAUGAUAAUACAGAUGAAGAAAGUAUCCCAGUUAUUCCAGAAACUAAUGAAGAUGUUAUAUCUGAUCCCUCCAACUGUAGCCAGUACCCUGAUAUUGUCAUUGUUGAAGAUGACAAUGAAGAUGAGUAUGCACCUGUCAUUCAGAGUGGAGAUCAGAACGAACCAGCCGUAGAAUCCCCGAGUUCAGCUAGCGAUGGCAGCAGCCCUCUCAUGUCCAGUGCCGUCCAGCUAAAUGGCUCGUCUAGUCUGACCACAGAAGAUCCCGUGACCAUGAUGGAUUCCAUUCUAAAUGAUAACAUCAAUCUUUUGGGAAAGGUUGAGCUGUUGGAUUAUCUUGACAGUAUCGACUGCAGUUUAGAGGACUUCCAAGCCAUGCUGUCAGGAAGACAGUUUAGCAUAGACCCAGAUCUCCUGGUUGAUCUUUUCACUAGUUCUGUGCAGAUGAAUCCCACAGAUUACAUCAAUAAUACAAAACCUGAGAAUAAAGGAUUAGAAACUACCAAGAACAAUGUAGUUCAGCCAGUUUCAGAAGAGGGAAGAAAAUCUAAACCCAAAACAGAUAAGCAGCUUGUCCAGUACACGGCCUUUCCUCUUCUUGCAUUCCUCGAUGGAAACCCUGCUUCAGCUGUUGAGCAGGGAGACACAGCAUCAUCAGAAGUUAUGUCUUCUGUAGAUAAACCCAUAGAGGUUGAUGAGCUUCUGGACAGCAGCCUGGACCCAGAACCAACCCAAAGCAAGCUUGUUCGCCUGGAGCCACUGACUGAAGCUGAAGCUAGUGAAGCCACACUGUUUUAUUUAUGUGAACUUGCUCCUGCACCUCUGGAUAGUGAUAUGCCACUUUUAGAUAGCUAAAUCCCCAAGAAGUGGACUCUAAAUGUAUAUAUUCAUCAAAAUGAUGAACUAUUUAUUUUAAAGUAUCAUUUGGUACUUUUUUUUGUAAAUUUGUUUUGUUUAAUCUGAUAUUAUGGAAUCAAAAGCACCUUUUUGCUUUUCUCACUAACCACACACUUAACAAAGCUUUCAGAUGUUACUCAGCUACAUAGGUACACAAGAUUUAAUGCACAUUGGCAUAUCUUUAAGUUGGACUCAUAUGGCCAUUUUUCUCCAGUUGUAGUAAAUUGGAUUUCUUUUUUACAUAUUAUGCCCAUUAACCCCAGUUAAACUUCUGUUUUACUUGUUUGAUGCUGUCUGUUUGCACUCAGUGUGUAAGUCACUAGAACUAAUCGUAGAACUCCUAAAGCUUUCUCUGUUUCAGUUACUUUUAUUAUUUUUCACUUGGCUCAUUUUUAGAACUGGAAACAUAAAGUGCCUGUACCUUGUAAAACUUCACUUGUCUCUUUCGGUUCAGAGAAGUUCGUUCAUGUUCAACAGGAAAGGCAAAGUAUACGCGAGCGCUUGCUGAUUCGGUUCCAGCUCCAUGUAAGUAGAAGGGGAUGGGGGUGGUGCCAGCCCUAUCUACUUGUUGGACUAGUUUUAAGUAAAAGUUUUCUGGCUUGUUUGUGUUCAUUUGAACCAUACUAUUUAGUAAAAUAAAUAGUGAAUGUUGUGUACUAGUGUCUGUUAAGUGUCUUCUUUGGAGGUGACACCCAUGUGUAACAGUUUCUCCUUUCAAAGGAAGUGGAUGAGACAAACUAAACUGCCUCUCUCCACGAAGCUUAACUUGAGUUUACACCAAGAUUUUGGUGUCUUCUCACAGAAGGUAGACUGUGUAAUGGAACAAGGAAGAAAUACAAUGCCUUUAAAUUCAAUGUGUUUUAAAGUUUUUUAUUUAAAAAAUUAUACUGCCUAGUUUUCUGUUUGUAAUAACAAAGAACUGAGAGAUGUAUGCCUCUCAUGGUCCCAAAUGAUGUAAGAUUAUCACUUGAUGCCACCAAAAGGGCUUGCAGUGUUUGCCCUUGAGAGAAGAAUGAGAGAAACAGUUCUAUCACUUCCUCCCUUUGGAACAGUUGCUCAGGAGUAUUACACAGACUUAAAGCAAGGCUAGGGGACUUUUUAUCAACUUGAAGAACUCCACCUUCAGGUCCAGAGGGCGGAAGCAGUGCAGUUAAUAUCUGAAUGUUUUAUUAGGGCUACUUGAUGAGGCAUCACAACGAUUGCUUUUCCUAUUGGCCAUAUUCUCUUUGGAUAUCUUGGAAUUUGUUACAAUGAUGUAAAAAUUCAAAGUACAAGGGGAUAGGAAACCCUAAACAGAUGCUUAGCAGAUCCAGAAAUACUUGGCUCUGACAAUUGGAUCUUGGUGUGAAGACUCCAGAACAGUUCUGUGCAUAUGCUGUAGAACUCACUUUCCUAGAGGUUAGGAGUUGAGAAACCGAGAAAAGAACUUGAGACUUUUUCACUUGCCUUUCUCCCUGGGGUAUAUGAUUAGAUUUCUCCCUGGGGACAUUUUGUCCCUCUAGAAGUAUUCUAAAAAUAAUUUUGAAAAAUUUGGGACCCCUUAGUAUUUUCUGUUUGACAUUUAAAACUUCUCAUUUUAAGUCUAAAUAGUUGGAAGGAAAUUAGGACAUUAAUACUACUGUUUUAAAAUAGUUGUUACAUGCUUCUCUUAAAUAUCUAAAAACUAAAUGCCAUAGUGAUUUGAUACUUGAUACCCAUCAUCUAUUCGACUUGCCUCAAAUAAUUUUAUCCCACUUUCAUUAUGCUUGAAAGUCAUACAUUGAAGGUAGUAGCAUCAUACUUCUCUGGUAUUAAUUUGAAAUUGUUCCCUGUAACUUUAAAAUUCUAAGCAUUGUUUGUCUAAUUAUAAAUAUGCAAUUGAUCAAAACCAUGAAUGUGGCAUAAAUUAGCUGAUUGCCAAACAUUUCUUGUCAUGCAGUUAGAUUUUCACCUUUGUAAACAGGGUAGCCAUAUAACUGAGUUCUAAUAAAUCCCAAAUUAUGUACAGAACUUUCAAGUCUGGGUUUAUGAAAACUCCCCUGUGCAAUCCUCACCCGUUAGCCCUCUGCUAGACUGACACAGAGCAGUAUGGCUUUUGAGUACACACUCAAGGAAGAAAUGUGGCUUCCUAAGUCACUGCUUAGAGGAAAGCCACCCAUCAAUUCGGGACAGCCUUCAAGGCUUUAGAUGAGGGAUGAGCAGAGCAUCUUUUUUUUUUUUUUGGUUGAACUGUUAAGUUUUCAGCAUAGUAAAAUGUAAUACAAAUUCAGUAAUACAAUGUAGUCCAAAUAUUGAACUGAUUGAACAUAAAAAGUAAAAUCUUGUCAUAAAUAUACCUACUGGGAUGAUCAGGUCUUGGGGAUUUUUCUCUUUUUGUAUCUGGGGGUAAAUACUGUCAAUAUAAUGAGUUAGCCUCAAUUUUAUUCCUAUCUGUUUUUAUAGAUGUAAAGUCCUAAGAAACUGUUUAUAAUACAAAAAAAUAAAUGAGAAUGGACAGAA